AUGAGUGAUACAAAUAUGACUGGCGCUGCAACGUCAUUAACGGUAGCAGUGGAGAAAUCAAAUGAUCCUUUUGGUCCAGGUGAUCUAUUGUAUUGGAAAUGUGAAUAUGAAAAAGCCAAAGAAUAUUUUCAAGCAGUUUUAAAUCAACCAGCAAUAACUCUUAUUGAAUCAGCUCGAUGUUGUAAUUCACUCGGUGCAACCAAUGCUAAAUUACAAAAUUAUGAAGAAGCAUUAGAUAAUUAUCAUAAACAGCUGAAUCUAUUACUAAAACUGCAAACGUCAGAAAAGAUAACGAAUGAUAUUAUAAAAUGUUAUAUGUCAAUCGGAAAGGUCUAUUGUUUAAAACAAGAUUAUGUCGAAGCUAUUAACUAUUACAAUCGAGCACUUGGCCUUGUUCUCACCAUCACAUCAGCUUCGGAUCUCAAAUCAACUAUUUACAAGGAUUUAGCUAAUCUAUAUACAAAAACACAAAAAUUUGACUUAGCAACAAAAUACUUUACAAAAGCACUUGAGAUAGAUCAACAGCAACUUGGAGAAGAUCAUCCAAAAUUUGGACAAACAUAUGCAAAUAUGGGAGCUAUGUGCUGUCGUCAAGAAAAUUAUGAACAAGCAUUAGAUUAUUUUUUAAAAGCACGUGAAAUAUGGGAGAAAUCUCUGACAUCAAGCCAUAUUUAUGUUGAAUCUAUGAACAAGACAAUACAGAAGGUUCAAUCAAAACUAAGUAUGUACAUAUCCUGA